AUUGAACGAUUGAACGUCGGUAUCGGUUGCGACUGUCCUUCCCUUCGGAUUUCGCAAAAAUCUUUCGGUGCGCAGUCAAAGUCACGAUGAAAUGCGCGUUACGAACCGAAGAGGAGGACGAGUGUCAUCCUCCUCCAUGUGCAGUGUGCCAGUCGUGGUGAACGCCUGCGUGUAGGCAACCCUUCGUGCGCUCGCGCCCAGCAUGCCGGAUGGGUUGCCUGCCAUUCGGCGCACGGCCUCCACGCUCGCUGCGCUGCACUGUGUAGUACUGUGCCUACGCAAUGACCAAAUCAAUUCAAGUCGCGGCGCUUACGAGCAGCGCGGUCCUGGCGAUUGAAACUACCUCACCUCCAGGCAUUGUGGAUAUUUGCACAAGUACGGUGCAAAUAGGUACUGCUGUGGUAUUUGCACAAUUUGUGCAAUCCCCUUAACAAGCGCUAUUUGCACAAUUUGUAUUUAACAAAAUCGUGCAAAUAUCCUUUGCUCAAAGUUUUGCACAAUUUGUGCAGUCGACGAAACCAAUGCUAUUUGCACAAUCGUCCCGGCGGCAAGUCAUUGGUCAUUGACACGGUCUCUCUCAACCGAAACAGUAGCGAAGUUGGAAGAGGGACUGACAGUAGUGCGACCGUAGGUUCAACUCCACGCUCCUCUGAUUUUCUUUCCCUUAUUUUUCACGCCAAUUGUGAUAAUCCCAACAAUCUACGCUACUUGCACAAACUGUGCAAUCCGUCGGCUUACCAUUAUUAGCACAAGCCAAGUCGAAUUCCUGCGUGCGUUUUCUAUGAUGGAGAAAGGUUGGCCACCCUGCUUCCGGCCGUUUGUGUUUUGUCGGUUCGUUCUUUCAAAAGAUUUCAAGCGAAUAACAGUCGCAGUUAAUCGGGAUUCACACGUCAACACUUGCAUCAAGAACCAAAAGCUCAUUGGUUUUCAUAGCUGAUCGGAAAUGAUGGAGGACAAUGACAAUGAUGAUGGGCUCGUUGCUGGGGAGGGAUUUUUCCUCGGCCAAGAAUUUGCAUCGUACAAUGAGUUUGAGGACAGGCGUUUGGCCUUUCAAGAAAAUACCUACUGCCUAUUUGUCAUGAGAAGGAGUGAAAGGUCACAGAACAACAUUUUGAAAUUUAAUAAAAUGCAGUUUGAAUGCAAACAAGCAAUGUCUACUCGACCUGCCAGAGGGAAAAAGCCACACCAUGAGUCCUAUAAAAUUGGGUGUGAGGCGAGGAUACAUGUUGCAGCAACGACCGCAGGGAGACUGAAGGUCACGGCAUUUCAUGAUGUCCACAAUCAUCCUUGUAAUGAAACUACGUAUUUUGGAUAUCCUGAAGUGCAAAGGAUGUUCUAGUCACAAGACCAAUCUCAGCUGGCAUUAAUUACCUCAGAUUUGCCAAGUCCCGCUGAGUAACUUCACCACAUCCCAUGUCCCUCAAUACUGAUCUCACGACAGAGGGUUUGACCCCACCUUUGAAGAGAAG